UGCAACAGUCUGGAAGCCAAUCAGAGGCCAAAGCUAGAAAGGGGCGUGGCCAGAACCGGUCAACACGGGCUUCCAGCGCCUCUGCAGCCGUCAUGGCUGUCUGUCUCUUUUAACUGAGAAGAUGACCGUGGCGAGACCUACGGGGUCCAGUGGCAGCUCUCCGUACAGUAUUCAGAUCUUUCCCCCCAAGUCCUCCUCAGACACCGAGGCAGAAGAGGAACUGUCUGGAGAUAGACUGGUGUUGCCCAGGGCUGGCAAACUCCACGACUUCCUCAGCCUGGAUGAGGAGACAGAUUCUACUUCUGACUCAAUUGGAAGCUUUUUCGAGACCCUCCAGGUGCUAAAGCAGAAAGACAGGUGGUGCCUAUUGGAAUCCCUUGGUCAGUCAGACCUAGACAGUGAGGAGGACCUCUCUGAAGAUGAUGAGGACCUGGAAAGCUUCUUCAAAGAUAAAGGCCGGGGGAAACCACAGGUCCAGUACCCCCAGUCUCCAAGGCGUGACUCCACAAGGCGCUGCAGCUCCCUCAACAGCCUUCCCUCCAACAGUCUCAAGAUUCAGCCCCAGCCACACUCUGGCUCCAGGUCUCCCUCCCAGCACAGAAGUGUCAGCUCCUGGGCAUCCUCCAUCACCGUGCCUCAGCCAUUCCACAUGAUGCUGCGCGAGGCCCGGAAGAAGGCCCAGUGGCUGGCCUCCCCUGCCGCCUUUGAGUGUGAGAGGCAGCAGGCCCAGAAGCAGGGGCAGGAGGAGGCUGAGUGCCACCGGCAGUUCCGGGCACAGCCUGUACCUGCCCACGUCUACCUGCCCCUCUACCAGGAGAUCAUGGAGCACAAGGAGGCCCGCAGGAGGGCAGGAAUUCAGAAAAGGAAAGAGCUGCUUCUCUCUUCCUUGAAGCCCUUCAGCUUCUCAGAGAAGGAGGAGCAACGAAAGGAAGCCAAUCAGCAGAGGGUGUUGACUGCCACCACCAAGGCCAAGAUUCCUAAGCAGAAGACCACCAGAAAGAUCCCUAAGUCCAUUUUGGAGCCAGCCCUUGGGGAUAAACUGCAGGAAGCUGAGCUCUUGAGGAAAAUUCGCAUUCAGAUGAGAGCCCUAGACACGCUCCAGAUGGCCUCCUCCCCCAUCACCCCCUCUGGUCACCGGGCUGACCCACAACUCCGUACAGCCACUCGGACCCGGGAGGAGAAGCUCGGCUUUCUGCACACUAACUUUGAAUUCCAGCCACGAGUGAACCCGAUCGUUCCUGACUACGAGGGCCUCUACAAGGCCUUUCAGAAGAGAGCUGCCAAGCGGAGGGACACCCGAGAGGCGACUCACAACAAGCCCUUCUUGCUGAGAACCGCUAGGCUGCAUCACACUCAACGGCCCUGCGAUGCCACCACCUCUGGAGGGAAGCAGGACUCUCCACAGCCAUCUAGCACACACCUGCCGAGGAGUCGCUCUCUGAGUGGCCUUGCUUCACUCUCUGCCAAUACCCUGCCUGUGCAUAUCACAGAUGCCACCAGAAAGAGAGGAUCUGCAGUCAGAAAUUCCAUUGAAAAAAAGGAUAAAGCAGAGGGUACUGAGUGGUUGGAGAUGCACAAAAAGAAGUGUCAAGCUAUAUCUAAAUCUGUGACCUUGCGUGCAAAAGCCAUGGAUCCCCAUAAAAGCUUGGAGGAGGUCUUCAAAGCAAAGUUGAAAGAGAACCGGAACAAUGACCGUAAAAGAACAAAAGAAUAUAAGAAAGAACUAGAGGAAAUGAAGAAGAGAAUACAAACAAGGCCCUAUCUCUUUGAACAAGUGACCAAGGACCUUGCCAGGAAGGAAGCAGAACAACGGUAUCGAGAUACCCUGAAGCAGGCAGGGCUUGAUGAAGACUUUGUGAGAGACAAGGGUCUGAGUGCUCGGACUGCACAGCAGAAGCAUCAGCUGCCAGUGGGUGAUUGUCCCAGCGACCAUGAAACUACAGAACAAAGCACCAGAAAUCUACAGGAAGAUUUAGAAGACUCUUUCGAAUGUCCUGCAAGCCCACCAAAAGAACUGGAGGAGUUGCCAUGUGAAUCAGAAGAUAGUCUCAAAUCACUGCCUUAAUGAGUACACCUAAAAUUACUGCUUUUCAGUCAUAGUAAGUAGCCGACUUGGGGUUGAGUGAAGUCAGGCCAUAUAGGUUAUCUUUUGCAGGAGGAGGAAAAGGAGCAGGUGAGAGGUAUCAUUCAAAUCAAUUAAAUUGGAGAGUUCUGGGUGAAGGGGGCAAAGCUAUUAAGGAUUCUGUGUGGCUCACGUAUAAAGCUGUAGGUUCAGGGGAGAUGCGACAGCAGUAGCACCCGGGACUUGCAUGUGAGAGGACCAAGGUUCAGUCCCUGAUACUGUAUUAUGCCAGGGCUGCAGUGUUCUGGUCUUUCUCUCAUGAAAAUAACCCUAUUUAGUUAUUGGACAGAGACAGGAAAAAUGAGAGGGAAUGGGGAGAUGAGAUGGGAGAUAACUGUAGCCCUGUGUCACCACUCAGAAAGCCCCCCCCCCCAGCACGUGGUGACCAGGGGCUUAAACCUGGGCCUUUGUGCACUGUAAUACGUGUGCUCUACCAGGUGUACCACCACCCAGUCCUAAAAUUAAAUCUUUAAUAUAAAUCCUGCUGGAAUUUAGGCCCAUUACCAGAUAAACUGCUUUUUCAACGUUAAGUCAAAUUCUGCAGAUUAACAACUAAAUUUAAGACUACUUGGGAAUAUGUGAGCAAAACAAAAUAGCCGGGGAUGACAAGUUUGCAGCUUCCAGUACAGUUUUCGUUAGCCUCAGCACCAUUACCAUUUUGGGUCAGAGGAAUCAUUGUUGAUUGCUGGGAGAGGAAGUGAUCCUGUGCACUGUAAGAUGUUUAAGAGCACCGCUGACUUCUACUCAUAGAUGACAGUAACACCCCUCUCCCCAGAUGUGACAAACCCCAAAUGUCUCUAGACAUUGCCAAAUGUCCUGCAGAGAGGGGGAGGUCCCAGGUUGAAAGCCACUGCUCUAGAAAAAACUGCUACAAGCAAGUAAAAAAUUGUCAUUUUAAGAAUCUAAGUAAUUGACACAAGCUCAGCCUGCAUAGCACAAGAUGAUUAUGUGUGGCAUUAAACUAAGAACUAUAAUUACUUUAUUUAAAAUAGCUGUUGGGGCUGGGUGGUGGCACACCUGGCUGAGUGCAUGUUGCAGUGCACAAGGACCCAUGUUUGAGACCCCUAUUCAUCCCCACCUGCAAGUGGAAAGCUUCACAAGUGGUGAAACAGUGCUAUAGACGUCUCUGUCUCUCCCUCUCUGUCACCCUCUUCCCUCUUGAUUUCUAGCUGUCUCUAUCCAAUAAAUAAGUAAAUAAAGAUAAUUAAAAAUAAAAUAGCAGUUAACUA